AUGCAGGAACCAAUCAACGAUCCAGAUAUGCACAUUCUCAUGGUACCGAGAGGCUUCUGUGAUCCCAGCAGAAAUAAGCGGAGUCGAUCCGAUCUGGUGGUGCUGAUAAAGUCCUGCGUUCGUUGCCAUUGGGAUCGUAAUAGGGCACGUGCAACUUACAUGCAACCUCACUUAUGGGGUGAUUUUCGUAUUCGAUUCGCGUUUGUCACUGGAAUGCCUCCAGAAAAUUAUACCGGGAAUAUUCACUUCAAAGGAGUAUCAGUCAAUUAUCGCAGUCAUGGCAAUGAUAAACAAGAUUAUGAGCGUACUAAGAACGAAUUGUUCUCAGAGGCAAAUCAAUGGGGUGAUUUGCUGAUCGGUGAUUUCAUGGAUCACUACUUUUCGUUGACUACGAAACAAACAUUCAUGCUCCGUUGGAUCUCGGCUUUUUGCCCCCAAGAGUCCUCGUUGUUCCUGUUUCUGGAUCACGAUUUUGCCGUGAUUCCAAACAAUCUGAUCAGAUUGGUGCGCGAGUUUCCCGCAGAAAUAUUACCAGAUUUGAGUUUCGGUAUUCUUGGUCAAGACCACGUAGUAAGACGGCCGGUGAAAUAUUCUGACAAUCGCUGGGCCAUAUCGGAAGAUGAGUUCCCAUGGGACUACUAUCCUGCGUACUUUGGAGGGCAUUCAUAUAUCAAAGGAAUCAAUGUUGUGACAGACCUAUCGAUCGCAUCAGCAUAUGUGAGGCUUUUACGUAUUGAAGAUGUUUAUAUGGGUAUUUUGCGGUAUAAAUUGCGAAUGCAAACCUACGCAGUAGGACAUUUUGUACAUCGAGUGUGGUCGGCGGAAGAACUGCGCAACGUAACUAGCGCGAAUUUCAAACACGUAAGGAAAUAUUUCAACUGGACAAGCGGUCAGAUUAUUGAAGAAUGA